AUGUGGCCCCGUGCGCUGGCCUCUGCACCCCACGAUUGUCGUCGGGGAGUUGACGAGCUUUACCAGGAACGGCUGCGAAGCCACGCCGAGGCCUUUGACGGCUUGUUGUCUUUGAUACCUGCCAAAUACUAUUAUGGAGAUGAAGCCGGAGCCGAUGAUCAAUGGCAACGGAAGAAGCAGACAAAAGAACAAGCUCGCGAAGCCAAACGGGCAAAGUUGGAUCCUGAAUCUGCCAAAACGGCCAAGGACGUGAUGGACGAGAAUGCACGGAAACGCAAGCGCGAUGAGGGCCAAGCCGAAAGCGAUUCGUCUGACGGUGAACUCGGCUCCGAGAAUCCAAAGGAAGGACUCAACAGAGGCGAUGCCAAAACCAAGAAGCAGAAGCAAGCGGAGGCUUUGCAGAAUGCCGAUAAAAACGCAGCGAAACCAGAGGGCGACGCAGAGAACCGGAAAAAACUGAAGGAAGAGAAGAAGGCACAGAAAAAGGCCGCCCAAAAAGAGAAGAAGAAGGCCAAGGAGACCGCCAAGAAGGAAAAGAAACAAGACGAGAAGCCCGCAGAAGACUCUGUACAACAGAAUGAGUCGAAGCCCGCCGACAAGAAGACUAAUGGACAAGAACCCUCCGCAAAGGAAGAGAACAGUGACGAUGAUGACGACGUGGAAGAAGAAGGCGUUCCCGCUGAGGAAUUGUCUUUCCAGUUUAACCCAGAACAACCCUCCUCCGCCUCGUCCGCUCCCAACUCUCCCAACUUCGACGCCUCAAAUCCCCAGUCUGGUAGCUCUUCGAUAUCAUCUAUUGUUCCUCCUGAAGAUUCAUCUAAGAAACCGUCCUCUGAGCCUAAGCCAUUAAAACCCGCCCCCGAAGAGUUAAAACAGCGUUUACAAAAGCGCCUCGACGAGCUCCGGGCCCGUCGCCAUGCCGAUGGUCUGAAUGGCAAACCCGCCAGAAACCGCCAAGAGCUGAUUGAAGCCCGACGACAAAAGGCAGAGCAACGCAAAGCGCACAAGAAACUUUUGCGGCAAAAAGCCAAGGAAGAAGAGGAACUCGUCAAGGACGAAGCUAUGGCCCGCCGUUUCUCUCCUGGUGGCUCUGGAUCCCUCCUUGCCUCGCCCCGCUCCCCGGCUGACUCCGUUGCAUCCAACAACAACUACGGCUUUGGCCGUGUCAUCUUCGCCGACGGCCAACAUACCGAUCACACCCUGGCUAACGUGCGGGACAAGCCCAAGGCCCACGGCCCCGUGGACCCGGCCGCCGCGCUCAAGGCCGCAGAGGCCAAGAAGGCCCGUCUCGCCGCGAUGGAUGAGGAAAAACGCGGAGACAUCGAGGAGAAAGACCUGUGGUUGAAUGCCAAGAAGCGCGCCCACGGUGAACGAGUCCGCGAUGACACCUCGCUCCUCAAGAAGGCCCUCAAGCGCAAGGAGUCUGCGAAGAAGAAGUCUGAGCGCGAGUGGAAGGAACGCAUGGAGGGCAUCGCCAAGGGCCGUGACGUGAGACAAGCGAAGCGUGAAGAGAACCUUCGCAAGCGAAGAGAAGAGAAGGGCACCAAAGGCGGCAAGAAGAAGUCGUCUGGUGGGGGCAAGAAGAAAUCCAGACCUGGGUUUGAAGGAAGCUUCAAGGCCAAGGUUGGCGGCAAGAAGAAAUAA